AUGUCGAGCGACACUUCCAGCAGCAGCAGCAGCGAGAGGGCGCUCGAGAGCUCCGACUCGGACGACAGUUCCUCCUCCAAGCGCGUAUGCACGAUCAUGGACGUUGACGAAGCUGCCUCCCCCCUGCCAAGCGUUGACCUUCCGGUCGAGAUUCAGAAGUUGCCGCUCGUGCUCCAGCGUGCUGCCGCGCUGUGGAUGACCCCAGAGGAUGCAGUUCUGCAAGCCGCAGCAUCGGGGCAAUCGGGGUGGCUGAAGCAACUUCUAAACGAGUUUAUGGGCACCUUGGAGCACGCAGCAGCGACCGCCACCUCCGAAGGGAACACCCUCCAGACGGUCCUGCAGCUGCUGCACGAGUUGGAUGACCCGUGUCGACGGUGCUUCGGCUCCGACACCAUCGCAACACUUGAAAAGGCAGCGAUCAUUGCCGCAAGAAGUGGCCAUCUCGACACGGUCGAGUUGCUGCUGCGCUCGUUGGAAGUCCGCGGGAAAGUCCGUGAAGAGGCGGCCUGGAAAGUGUUGGAGGAGGCGGCAGUACAUGGGCACUUGGCGGUGGUGCAAUUCGCGUCACGGUACGUGAUCAGGACCCCGAGCGACGAUGAGCGAUGCACCGACAGUAAGGCCGUGUCACUUGCCAUAGCUGGGGGAUAUGUCGACGUGGUGGUCUACCUGCUGCGGUAUCCGUGGAACGUGGCCUCCGCCUUUAUGGAGGCGGUGAGAAAGCAGCAGCAUGUUAUCGCUGAGAAGAUCUACCAGGUCUUCCCCUUCUACUUUGAAGGGAAGAAUUUGUUUGUCGAGAUGGCGGGCGACGGGUUCCUCAUCGCAGUCCAGUACCUGUACGAGCGUGGCCAUAAUGACGAGAACUUGGUUCAGGACGCGUUCCUCAAAGCGGCUACCGGUAUGACGCGUCGUACAGAAGUGAUGGAGUUUCUGAUCGGGACUGGGCGAGUAUUAGAGGAGGUUUUUGAUACGGCGUUUGAAGCUGUGGCAACUUCUGGAUCCGUCUCGACCGUGACGUUUCUCUAUGAGCAGCAGUUUGCAUCCCUUCGGGGGAUUUACCGAGCGUUCGAGAGAGCGGGCAGUCUUUCCGUGACUAAAUUCCUCUUUUUGCUUCAACGCACCAGACUGAGGUAG